CUCCCCUGUUUUGGAUAAAGAAAACAGAACACAAAGCCACUUUACAAAUCGCAUCCACAACAAGAGGUGCUUCUUCCCACCGCCUACCACCAUGGAUUCCGUCAUCUUCCACCACCCACUCUUCCCACCAUUCACCACCACCACAAGACACACAUCAACCUACGCACCUCCCAAGCCACCACCGCUUUCCGCCCACAAGACACUUACUUUCACUUGCUUGGCCCUCGGGAACGACGGCGGCGGCAGUGAGAACGGUUUGGGUUUCGGUGUUUCCGCUUCAGACGCUGGAGAACUGUUCUCUACGCCGGAAAUUUCAGACGCUUUUAUGACAGUCGAUGCUGAGAUAACCCCUGACACCAUUAAUUUCUUUGUUAGCGACGCUGAGGGUGAUCCAGAUUGCCCCUCCGACGGCUUCUCCUCCGUCGAGGACGCUCUUACCACUCUUCGAGAAGGAAAGUUUGUGAUCGUUGUCGACGACGAAAAUGGCGAUAUCGAAGGAAACUUCGUCUUGGCAGCAUCAUUUGCAACACCAGAAACCAUCGGAUUCGUGAUCAGACACGGCUCCGGGAUCAUCUCCGUCGGCAUGACAACUAACGAUCUCGAAAGAUUAAACCUCCCUCUAAUGUCACCGGAAAACGAACACAAAUCUUCAGCACCAUCAUUCACAAUCACAGUGGACGCAAUUGACACAGCAACCGGAGUAUCUGCUUCCGAUAGAGCAAAAACGAUUCUUGCUUUAGCAUCCCGUUCCUCCGGCCCUGAAAGUUUCAGAAGACCCGGCCAUGUGUUUCCAUUGAAGUACAGAAACGGCGGUGUUCUCCGACGAUCAGGGCACACGGAGGCGUCCGUUGAUCUUGUCAAACUUGCUGGUUUGGAUCCAGUUUCUGUUCUUUCAACCAUCGUGAAUCCAGAAGAUGGUUCUAUCGCCCAAUUGAAUCGCUUACAAAAACUAGCACUUGAUCACAACAUCCCUCUUGUUCUGAUCACCGAUUUGAUCAGGUAUAGAAGGAAGAGGGAAAGAUUAGUUGAAAGAGUUGCGAUUUCUAGGCUACCAACAAAGUGGGGUUUGUUUGAAGCUUAUUGCUAUCGAUCAAAACUAGAUGGAACAGAGCAUAUAGCCAUAGUCAAGGGAGACAUUGGAAACGGGCACGAUGUGUUAGUACGGGUUCACUCGGAAUGUUUGACCGGGGACAUAUUUGGGUCGGGUCGGUGUGAUUGUGGGAAACAAUUGGAAUUGGCCAUGCAGAUAAUUGAGGAAUCGGGUCGAGGAGCCCUAAUUUAUCUUCGGGGACAUGAAGGAAGAGGUAUCGGGUUGGGACAUAAGUUAAAAGCAUAUAAUUUGCAAGAUCAAGGUCACGAUACUGUAGAAGCAAAUCUCGAGCUCGGUUUUGCUCCCGAUGCACGAGAAUACGGAAUCGGCGCUCAGAUGUUAAGAGACAUUGGAGUUCGGACAAUGCAGCUAAUGACUAAUAAUCCGGCCAAGUUUACUGGGCUCAAGGGUUAUGGUUUGGCAAUUGUUGGUCGGGUUCCAGUAUUGACACCCAUUACAGAUGAAAAUAGGAGGUACUUUGAAACAAAAAGAACAAAGAUGGGUCAUAUAUAUGGAUCUGAUAUCCCUUUAAUUAGUCCGAAAACAUAUAAAAAUGACUCAUCAGAUGUGUCAGAUACAAAGUUAUGAAACUGACUACCAUUUUGUUCGGACUAUAAUCAGAUAUGAUUUUGAAUUUCACACACAUGUAUCCACAAUACUAUUCAAAUUGAUAUAUUUGUACAAAAAAGUAUACGAGAU